CUGCGCCCCUGCGCUCUGCGCCUGGGGCUGCCGCCGGCGUCCGCUCACCCGCCGGCUCCGGUUUACCGCCUCCCGUGCCCGCCCCGGCUGUUGCCAUGCAAAUGUUAGUCCCCGGCCGAUCACGUGUCCUUUGAAGGGCCACGUGGAUUAACAAAGCUGAUCUGCCCCAGCUCACCCCCCUCGGCUGCUAUUUUUUUUUCUCUUAAUUCUUUAAAACUGAUCUUGAAUGCAUACAUCCCCAAACACAGCUCCCCUAAUCCUAUGGAAUCAUUCAACUCGUGAAUGCACUUGGAGCCCUAGAUGAGCGCUUUAUAAGGCAGCCCCUCGGAGCCGGGAGCCUGCAGUCUACCUGGGCCCGUGGAGCAGGCACACGAGGCGGAAAGAGAGCGGGUGCCCGCGCCAGCGCCUCUCCCGAGCGCGCACACUCGCCAGGAUGUCAGACAAGCUCAAGGAACGCAAAAGAACCCCCGUGUCCCACAAAGUGAUAGAAAAGCGGAGGAGGGAUCGGAUUAACCGCUGCUUGAACGAGCUGGGCAAGACGGUGCCCAUGGCCCUGGCGAAACAGAGCUCGGGGAAGCUGGAGAAGGCGGAGAUCCUCGAGAUGACGGUUCAGUACCUGCGAGCCCUGCACUCCCCUGAUUUUCCCCGGGGCCGGGAGAAAGCAGAACUUCUAGCGGAGUUUGCCAACUACUUCCACUACGGCUACCACGAGUGCAUGAAGAACCUGGUACAUUACCUCACCACCGUGGAGCGGAUGGAAACCAAGGACACCAAGUACGCGCGCAUCCUCGCUUUCCUGCAGUCCAAAGCUUGCCUGGGCGCCGAGCCCGCCUUUCAGCCCCUGGGCUCGCUCCCGGAGCCGGAUUUCUCCUAUCAGCUCCAUCCCGCGGGGCCGGAGUUCACGAGCCAUAGCCCUGGCGAGGCCUCCGUGUACCCGCAAGGCGCAGCCCCAGGGCCCUUCCCCUGGCCGCCCGGCGCCAGUCGCAGCCAGGCGCUGCCCUACCUGCCCAGCGCACCCGUGCCGCUCCCCAGCCCCGCGCAGCAGCAUAGCCCCUUUCUGGCGCCGGUGCAGGGCCUGGACCGGCACUACUUCAACCUGAUCGGCCCCGCCCACCCCAACGCCCUAAACCUGCACGCGCCCCAGCACCCCCAGGUGCUCUGACGCUCGCUCUCCCGCCAGACUUCGCGCUUCCGGAGCUGUUUGAGAAAUGCUGUAUAUUUGUACUAGUGUAAAUAAACUGUGCCAAUAAGAAAUCUGGGUAGGGGAAGGCCAAGACCUAGCUUCUCUUCUGGAGAAUCUCCCCCUAGCAAUAAACAUUUUCUGGUAAAAACGCA